ACAGGGAUGGGCAUUUAAGACGUUAGAAGUAAAGUUGUGCUCCUGCCAAAAGCAACACCACUCCACUUUUUUUUCCCACCGAAUCCUUUUUUUUAUUUGUCGAGGUGUUCUGCUGUGUUCCAAAUGCUCAUUUCUGGUUUUCUGCAGGUCAGUGAAGUCCAGAUGCACGAGUCUCGGUCAGAACCAGCAGGCCACACCGUUCAAGCGAAUCCGGGGGAGAACAGACAUAACCAUGAGAACGAGGGUCGACUGAAGAGCGGCCAGACUCCUCCUCCUCCUCCUGAGGCGCCGAGGGUCCCAGCGUCCUUGUCCAUGAUGACCCCACCAGCAGAGGCUCCCCAGCAGCUGCAGCAGACGGCUCCACAGCAGGUCCUCACUCCUCAGCAAGUCCAAGCGCUGCUCCAGCAGCAGAAAGCACUCAUGUUACACCAGCAACAAAUUCAAGAGGUCUUCAAGAAUCAGCAAGAGCAGCUGAACAUGCAGCUGCUGCAGCAGAAGAAUGCCGGCAUCGUUAGCCAAGAGCUGACGGCCCAUCAGAUCGCCAUUCAGCAGCAGCUCCUGCAAGUGCAACAGCAGCAUCUCCUCAACCUGCAGAGACAAGGCCUGCUCUCUGUGCUUCCCACCAGCCCCAGUGUAGCUCCAGGUAGAACCAUCUGUGAAAACGGCAGCAUGCAGCACUGUGCAGACGUCAGAGACUCCUCCAGUCAACAAUCCAACACCAACAACCAUCAGACUCUUCUGAAGAGAGAGGACAGCGGGUCGGUGAGUGAAAGUCCUCAGAAGAGUCACGCUCUGUACGGAAACGGCAUGUGUAAAUGGCCCGGCUGUGAGAUGGUUUUUGGAGACUUUAAAGCAUUUAUCAAACAUUUGAACAGCGAGCACACACUUGACGACAAGAGCACAGCACAGUGUCGCGUUCAGAUGCAGGUCGUUCAGCAGCUGGAACUGCAGCUGAAAAAAGACAAAGAGCGACUGCAGGCUAUGAUGGCUCAUCUGAAGUCCUCUGAACCCAAACCUGCAGCACAGCCCGUAAAUCUGGGGACGAACGUGUGUUUCUCCCAGGCGACGAUGCCCAAAGGCCCCCCACCUAUGAGCCUCUCUCAAAGCGCCACCGCACCCUCCACCCCCCUCACGCCGCUGUCCGACUCCCCCUCCGUCUUCACUCCCAACAGCAUGUUCACCCCCACCCCCGUACGGCGGCGGUACAGCCGCUCUGUGAGUCAAGAUAUAAUCGAUAAUAAGGAGUUCUACCUGACCACUGAAGUCAGACCUCCAUUUACGUAUGCCUCGCUCAUAAGACAGGCUAUUUUUGAGUCUCCUCGCAAACAGUUGACGUUAAACGAAAUCUACAAUUGGUUCACAAGAAACUUUGCGUACUUCCGGCGCAACGCAGCUACCUGGAAGAAUGCCGUCAGGCACAACCUGAGCCUGCACAAGUGCUUCGUCCGUCUGGAGAACGUGAAAGGAGCCGUGUGGACGGUGGACGAGAUCGAGUUCCACAGAAGACGGCCUCAGAAGAUCGCAGGAAACGGAUCCCUGCUGAAGAACUCGCAGAAUCGCUCCAGCGUAGCCGGCUCUGCUCUUCAGAGCGGCGGUUUGGACGGCAGCAACUCCUUCUACAGCCCAGCCUCGAUGGGCAGCAUCCCCCUUCACUCCCUGCCUCACGUCCUGCAGGAGCAGAUGAACGGCGCUCUGGCGAAUGGAUCAGGAUACCAAAGUGACAGCAGUGCGACGCAGUCUCCUCCACAAGCUUUCAUCAAAGAAGAGCAGGAGGACGAGGAGAUCUGUGAAAAUUACCCCUACGAGUCUCCCGCGAGCGCCGACGAGCACGGCCACAGCCCGGACAUGACCCAGGAGGAAGACAGCAGCCCGGAGAGGUCCAGCCUUCAUCUGGACCGUGUGCCUUCUCUCUGACCUCGAGGUCCACGUUUUUUCACUGCAAGGCAAACCUAAUCACAGCCUGUGUGAUCCGCAUUCCAAAAAAAAAAAAAAAGAAAAGAAAAAAAAACAACAGUGUCAUCCACAUAACCAAACACUCUUAGGGAAUUUUUCAAAAGAUUUUCCAACAUUUUUCUUUCUUUUGUUUUUGUUUCUUCACUUAGCUCCCUGUUGUCUUUUUGUACAUUUGAGUGACGUCAGAGAAACGCGUUUGUCAAACAGCUUGUGAGGGUUUUCUUUUUCUUUUUUUUUUUAUAUAUAUUUAAUUUUAUUUUAUACGUCUCCACAAAAGGAAACCGGUAUGAGAAGAAAAAGCCAAAGGAAAGGGAACACUGAUCUUAUUAAUAGCACUUCACAAUGAGAGACUCCUCUUCAUAGCUGCUUUGUGCUGUGUGAGGCCACACUACCUGAUUUAUUUUAGCCAUUUAUGUAAAGAUUUGUAGAGGAAUUUAAAAAAAAAAAGAAAAACAGAAUCUUGCUUUAACAAAUGGAAAAAUGUUCACUGCCAAUGUGAUCUGAUAUAUUUGUAUUUAAGGUAUAAUCAUUGAGUUGAUCAGAGGAGAAGCUUCUUUAUACCUGCUGGUUUUUUCAUCCCUUCCAUGAACAUGACUAAAUUUGGCUCUAACUGAGCUUGUAAGAGUAGAUACUAUAGAUAUAUCAAUAUUGUAAACAAUGCAUCUCUAUGAAUAUUAAAUUCCUCAUGAUCUAUGUGAA